AUGGAUAAUGAGCCCACCAUGGAAAAUGAGACUUCCGGCGAAAUAGCUGGCGAACCACCCGACAAGGGAACUCGCCCAAAGCGCAAAGCCGCUCAGGUGGCUAAAGAAAUUAUCGACGAAGAUGAUACCAGCGCACUUCUAGACAAUGUAUUGAGUGCGAUGUCCGAAGAUGAGCAUGAUGAGUAUCUGGGCUGGGUCGAACUUGAAUCUGAGCCGGCCUUCUUUAAUGCCAUGCUACUCGCGCUCGGAACCGUGAGUUUCAAGGUACAAGAAGUCUAUAGCUUAGAUACUGAAAGCUUGAAAUCCUUAUCACACCCGGUACAUGGAUUUAUUUUCUGCUUCGAAUACGAGGGAGAUAGCGAACCAAGUCAUGAGAAAGAACGUCAAGACUGUCCGCCUGGACUUUGGUUUGCCAAUCAGACAGCCGGCAAUGCCUGUGCUACUGUCGCAUUGACGAAUAUCAUCAUGAAUGCCAAAGACGUUAAUCUCGGCGGCGAUCUCCAAGGUUUUCGAGAAGAGACAUCAUUAUUGCCGCCUCCCCACCGAGGUCGCGUCUUGGAUGAAGACGAUUUCAUUCGUAGUGUUCAUAACUCCGUAGCGAGGCGUAUCGACCUUCUUGCCGAAGAUCUAGUACUCGACAAUAAGUAUGAAGAGUCGCUUAAGAAGAAACGACCACGAGGGAAAUCCUCCUCAUCCUCUUCUUCUCGCCAAUCCCGCAAGAAGCGUAAUAUCGAAACGAAUUAUCACUACAUCGCCUACGUACCCGUAAACGGCCAAGUAUGGGAAUUAGAUGGCUUUCAAGUGAAGCCUCUUUGCCUUGGGCCUGUCGGGGAUUCAUGGCUCGAGAAAGCAAGUGCAGCAAUCCAAGAACGCAUGCUACGCAACGAAUUCGCCCCAUUCAGUCUCCUAGCUAUCAGCAACUCACCCCUCCUCACUCUAUCCCGUAAACUCUCCAUAAGCCUAGCCUGCUCCCACACCCUCCACGAACUCUUCAGCAAAGACCCCGCAUGGGUAUACCCGGAUCCCUUUGAGACCUACAACGAUGAACGUCUCGAUCGAUUAUUCAUAGAGCGCGACCAAAUCGUAAGUCUCGAGCCUGAUGAUUUCAAGGUUAUAGUAAGCCAGCCGGGUUUUACGGUCUACAAGGCUCUUAAGUACGCGAGAAGCCUACAGGAGGAACAAGAGGUUUUCGAUGCGAAAUAUGCUGUCGAGCUGGCGGCGGCGGAAGACGCGUUGGAGACUAUACGUGGACGGCAGCGCGAUUAUACGCCUGCUAUACAUGAGUGGGUGAAAGUAUUAGCAGAGAAAGGUGUGUUAAGGGAGUUGAUCCUCGAGAUGGAUGGAUCAUGA